AUGUCAUUGGUUGUCUCGCUGGGACUGAUCGCCAGUUCAAUAGGAAUACCUGCUGGUGGAAUCGGUCUCGUGAGUGGUAUUCUCGGGAUAGUGAAUUUCGUACUCUCUCACGAGCCCACGAGACAAGCGUUAGGGCCGGCUAUUCGCAUCAAGGUUGGUAGUGAGCCACCAGAUGGCGAAGCAUUUGCAGGAGAUAUCGAGCACGUCUGGACGUAUAAUACUCGAAACCAAGUGCUAGGCGGUGCUAAGGGAAGAGGUACGAUUGGAUCCGGGGACGUGUGGGAUGUCACCGUCCCCUCACCUGGCGGUGGUGAGACUUGCAACUACGUCAACAUAGCUGCAAAGAACAAUGCGAUCUGCAUAGCCUGGGUCGGAGUCAAGCAAAGUGACGGUUCUGACCUGGACGGUUCCUGGAACGGAGACAUAGGGGCUGCGUGUGGUCAGAACUGGUAUCAUCAACAAGAGCCUGCCGGCCGCUGCCCGGAUAAUGUAACAAGUACCAACAGUUCAUGCGUGGACGGUCUAUGGGUCCCCAGAUGUACCUGGAUAGACGGUGAUGGUACUAAUGGUAUCAUAUCCAAGUCGCUUAAGUUUAACGUGUUUUCCUACUCCAACAAAUCAGUCCCCUCAACACUCCAACAGGGUAUGGCCUGCAGUUCCACAAUCUUCUCCGGGGAAUCGCAGAUUUUUGACAGACCAGCUGGCCCAACUGUUAAGUAUACCUAUCUUAGCUCUAAAAGAGCCAUCGAAGUAUCUCAAACGCCGCGUGGGCUUCCAGUUCGUAAAAGAUGGAUGGAGGAACGACUUGUUGUAUCCGAUAUGAAAGCCCAUAAUGCUACGAGCCUAUGUAACUCUCCAACCUCUUGGGGACCAGACUUCUGCGAUUCCGAAACUUGCUGCGAUAUGGCCCACCACAAAGCUCAUCCAAGAUGCGACAAAAAUCCAGUCUCGGGGUGUAUGGUCGUCCACGAUGAUGGAGAGUCUAUAGCACUUAGAAAGCGGACUAUGGUUGCCAAGCGAGAUGUUCUCCUACCGUAUAGAACGUAUAAACAUAUUAAAAGAUGGAGUUUAAGUAAUAAAAAAGCUAGACUUUAA